UCCUACGCGCUUCUCUUAAAUGUCCUCUUUAAACGUUCGUAUUAAUCAUCUCUUCUAAUUUGACAGUUUUGUCAUGACGCUAAAGCAUUUAGCUUGAUUUCCCUGCAGAUUUGUCGUUCAAAAGGCAAGUGUAUUUGUGUUUUCACGCGGUGUUCUGCCGGAGGAGUUUGAGCGGCGCUCCUUCUGUUUCCGGCGCAGUGAGAGCAGAGGUGUGAUUCACAGCAGCAGCUCCGAGAUGCAGGAUCCGAACGCAGACACCGAGUGGAAUGACAUCCUCCGGAAGAAGGGCAUCCUUCCUCCCAAAGAGACACCAGCGGAGGAAGAGGAAGAGGAGCAGCUUCAUCAGGCGCAGUCUGUGGUGAAGACGUAUGAGAGCAUGACUCUGGAGGAGCUGGAGGAGAAUGAAGAUGAGUUUGGUGAGGAAGAUGAGCUGGCCAUGGAGAUGUACAGACAGAAGCGGCUGGCUGAGUGGAAGGCCAAUCAGCUGAAGAACAGGUUUGUGGAGGUCAGCGAGAUCUCGGGGCAGGAUUACGUGCAGGAGGUCAAUAAAGCCGGAGCAGGAAUCUGGGUGGUGCUGCACCUCUACAAACCAGGGAUCCCUCUGUGUACGCUGAUAAACCAGCAUCUCUCUCAGCUGGCCCGGAAGUUUCCUCAGACCAAGUUCCUGAAGUCCAUCUCCAACACCUGCAUUCCCAACUACCCUGACCACAACCUGCCCACCAUCUUCGUCUAUCACGAGGGGGAGAUGAAGGCUCAGUUCAUCGGUCCGCUGGUGUUCGGAGGAAUGAACCUCAGCUGUGACGAGCUGGAGUGGCGUCUGUCUGAGUCCGGAGCGGUUCAGACGGAUCUGGAGGAGAACCCCAGGAAACAGAUCCAGGAUCAGCUGCUGACGUCCAUCCGCUGCUCCGCACCGAGCCGGAGAGACGAGGACGACAACGACGACGACUGACCGCAUCACAUCACAUCACCUACUGACCACACGCACCACAUCUACACUGUUUUAUACCAUCUCUAAUAACACAGCCUGUCACUUCUACACAUUUAUUCUAUAAACUUGUUCUAUGA